UCAAAUAGUUAUCUAAUCCUGAAAACUGUAAAACACACAAACCCCUAUAAAUACCUACCUUCCCAUGCUGCAAAAUCAUCAACUCUUACAUAUUUCACACUUACAAUAGUUAGGAACAAAAAUGAAGGUUGUUCAGUUCCUUGUUGUUCUAUUGGCUUUGGCAUCCUCUGUUGCCUUUGCUUAUGAUCCAAGCCCUCUGCAAGAUUUCUGUGUGGCUAUCAAUGACACCAAAACCGGUGGUAUAUAUGGCGUGUUCGUGAAUGGAAAGUUUUGCAAGGAUCCAAAGCUUGCUUAUGCUGAUGAUUUCUUCUAUCGUGGAUUGGGAGCAGGCGACACUGCGAAUCCGUUAGGUUCAAAGGUGACAGCGGUGACUGUGAAUGAAAUAUUAGGUUUGAACACACUUGGCAUAUCGUUGGCUCGCAUAGAUUUUGCACCCAAGGGUUUGAACCCUCCCCACACGCACCCUCGAGGAACAGAGAUUCUUGUAGUUUUGGAAGGUACCCUUUACGUUGGUUUUGUGGCGUCCAACCAGAACGACAACAGGUUAUUCACCAAAGUGUUGAACAAAGGUGAUGUGUUUGUGUUCCCCAUUGGUCUCAUUCACUUCCAGCAAAACGUUGGUUAUGGAAAUGCUGUGGCCAUUGCUGCUCUUAGCAGCCAAAACCCUGGUGUUAUCACUAUUGCAAAUGCUGUGUUUGGGUCUAAGCCUCCCAUCUCUGAUGAUGUUCUCGCCAAAGCUUUUCAAGUUGACGUCAAGAUUAUCGACUACCUUCAGAAGCAAUUCUGGUACAACAAUAGCUAGUGUUGGAAGAACAUGAAACAUUAUCGUUAUUAUCACCUUCGAGGACCUUGGAUAAAUGAUUUUCUAAAUGUGUAGCUUUUCAUGCAAAAGUCUCUCAAGAAGUUACUAUACAAUAUUAAAUAAAAUGCAUGUAGCUAUGUAUUAUGUCUGUAACACAGUUGUUUUCGUGUGCAUUUGAACCUUAAUAUACCAAUAUUGCAAGUCUAAUAAAAGACGGGUAACUUUAUUUAA